AUUCUUCGGAUUUUUUUUUUUUUUUUUUUUUUUUUGAAGAGUCAUCCUUCCUUUCCCUCAAGAUGACAAACAGUUCUCUCUUCUGCCCAGUUUACACAGGUCUGGAGCCGUUCACCUAUUUUUUUUAUUUAGUUUUUCUUGUUGGAAUUAUCGGAAGUGGUUUUGCAACCUGGGCUUUCAUACAGAACAACACAAAUCACAGGUGUGUAAGCAUAUACUUAAUUAACUUGCUUACAGCUGAUUUCCUGCUCACUCUGGCAUUACCAGUGAAAAUCGUUGUUGACUUGGGUGUGGCACCCUGGAAGCUGAAGAUAUUUCACUGCCAAGUGACAGCCUGCCUCAUCUACAUUAAUAUGUACUUAUCAAUUAUCUUCUUAGCAUUUGUCAGUAUUGAUCGUUGUCUUCAGUUGACGUACAGCUCUAAGAUUUAUCGGAUACAAGAACCUGGAUUUGCCAAAAUGAUAUCGACCGUGGUGUGGCUAAUGGUCCUUCUUAUAAUGGUGCCCAACAUGAUAAUUCCCAUCAAAGACAUUGAGGAGAAGCCAAAUGUGGGAUGCAUGGAAUUCAAAAAGGAGUUUGGAAGAAACUGGCAUUUGCUGACCAAUUUCAUAUGUGUAGCAAUAUUUUUAAAUUUCUCAGCCAUCAUUUUAAUAUCUAACUGCCUUGUAAUUCGACAACUCUACAGAAACAAAGAUAAUGAAAAUUAUCUAUAUGUGAAAAGGGCCCUCAUCAACAUACUUUUAGUGACUACAGGCUACAUCAUAUGCUUUGUUCCAUAUCACAUUGUCCGAAUCCCAUACACCCUCAGCCAGACAGAAGUAAUAUCUGACUGCCCAACCAGGAUUUCACUCUUCAAAGCCAAAGAGGCCACGCUGCUCCUGGCAGUGUCGAACCUGUGUUUUGAUCCUAUCCUGUACUACCAUCUUUCAAAAGCAUUCCGCCUAAAAGUAACCAAGACUUUUGCUUCACAUAAGGAGACCAAGACUCCAAAAGAAAAAUCAAGUGGUGAGAGCAGUGCAUAAAAUAUGGGAUUUUUCAUGCUAUCACUUCCUGUCUCAGUGACAGUAAGUAUUGGGAAAGAGAAGGGAUAGCCUAAGUAAAAGACAGCUACCAUAUGUGGCCUGCUUUACUCAGAAACUGUUUCUAAAUGUAAACCGAGCAGCACCCUUGUGGUGCUUAAACCACGUUCAUACAAAACCAAAACAAAAAACCUAAAAAGUACUGCUGAACCAACACAACACCUUGCAUUAUCCUUGAAACCUAAAAAAGUUUUAUGACACAGACUCAGAGUCAUUCAUGAAGUAUCCAUUUGAAUAUUGGGAACUGACUUCUUGAUAGAAAUAUGCAAAAUGAUCUCCAUGUAAGAUGCCAGAAAGCCCUUUGGCAACACGAUUUAAAACCAUUUAGAUCAUACUAAAUAAAAUCCAGCUGAUCUUUACAUGAAACCACUUGUGCCUGAUUUAUUUUUAGUCCAUCAUCCAGCUCACUACUCCAAUUUUUAAGAUCUAAUGGUUUUUCUAAAACAAUAACUAAAACUGUUUAUUUCGAAAAAGGCUUGAAAAUACAUGGAUAGUUUUCGAUGUACUAUAUAUACUCAUAUUCUCAUAGAUUAUAAAGAUUUUCUAAUGUUAGCAAUGACAACUUCAGUGACUUCUUAUUUUCAUUUUGUAGUAACAUGAAAUAUUACCCCCUAACAUUUCCAAGCACGGUGUUAAACUAUACUAACUGCUGAAACUACUGUUUUGGAACUAGAAACUCACAUCAAAGGUACGGAAAAACAGCACUAGUCAAAUGGCCUUAAAAUAGACAUGCCAGAUCCACAUAGCAAGGCCUUCUUAGGAACACAACACGUGCUGGGCUGACUGGUGCCAGGUCUGAGACUGACCCCACGUGGGGCCAACAGUUUAAAGAAUGGGUGAGUCUAGCUCUCAGGGUCACAAUCCUUAGAUCAAAUUCUCUAGACUGCAAGUAAUGCAGAAAGAAUUCAAUAGAUGGUAUUAAAUAAAAGAUUUAGGAAAAAGAAGAUUGAAAAGUUUAGAUAACCAGACUUGAGACUAUGUGGGGUUUUUUUCUCAUUUCAAGAGCAAAAGCCCAACUUUUACAACAAUUACAACAAUUGGUAAUACAUUUGUACUAGCUGCGGUGAUUAAUAAAUGGUGUUCCUGGCAGCACUCUCGAGAGACAGAGAGCUCGCCCACUCUCACAUCUCAAAAGUGUACUUUCGCUUUAAUAAACUUUCCCAUUUAUGUUAAAAACAAAAACAAAAAAAGAAAGAAAGAAAUGGUGUUCCUGGAAGCUAACAAAACAGGUUUCAUUCCAGGGCUAUUUUUAGUACCGCAUUGAGAGGAAUUAUUUUCUGAAGCUUGAACCCAAGACAAUUCCUGUGUACAAUUUCAAUAUUCCCAGAUUUUGAAGAGAAUAAUAAAUGAGAAAAUGCACAAAAGAAAAUGUCUGCUACCCUUCUAACAUGGUAAGUGCUGAACAAAUUCUAGUUAGCUAGUGGUAAUGACAGAACCCCGCACUGCAUCACCUAUCUGACAUAAGGUGUAAAGGACACAAUUAUGUUACAGGCUGGUAGAAUGGUGAUACACUAAAACUUGUCCUUGUCAAUAGUCUGACAACAUGUUGUUACUGACAGGCAGAUCAAGACAUCAUUCAUAUAGUCCUACAUACAACUACUAGAUUCUUUUCCUGAAUCUUUUAGUCAAGGCCCUAGUAGUCUUCUCUCCUUGGUCGUCACUCACUAGGGCCACAUCUUCAAGAUCGGGGGCUGGAGGGAGGAGGCACACAAUUUU